UACUAUUCCAGGGACCAUCUUACAUAAGGAGCACUAGAUAUGCAACUACCUAGGGACCCAUACUAUUAUUCAGACUAAGAGAGAUAAAUUUAGGUAGGCCUAGUUCCAUUCACUAAUCACCGCCAACACUAGGUGGCAGUAACAGAGGUGACAAUGGAUGUAGACCCUCAAUUACUUUUGUUGCGGCGACAAUAUCUACAAUUAUUUGAGCCUGACUUUCUAGCUUGGCCUUCACCCAAAUUAUUAAAGAACGUGGAUGCUCAGAAAUGGCUUCACAGGCACUUGUUCGACACAAAUCGGAACCCACAUUUACCGCCGGAGAGCUAUCAAUUGCGCGUGUUGAAGCAACUUACGUCUAAGAUGGGAAAGGGAAAAGCAAAUUUGGAUUCAGAUGGAGUUUUGGGUGAACUAGCGGCAUGCCUCACCUCUCUUAUAGCCAAAAAGGUGUCAUCGGAAAUCAAAGUAUUCCAGGAGAACGCAUACGUAACUUUCACUUGUAUACCAGAAAAGCGCAACGACUAUGAAGAUACAUCGGAACCUACACUUACACUACUCGAGAAACGACAAUUAGUAUCAGGUUCUCAAAUCACGGGCUUUCGGACGUGGGAAGGAUCUCUUCAUCUUGGCUCAUACUUGCUGACCGAAGCUGGAUCACACUUCGUCAAUGGCAAGAACAUAUUGGAGCUAGGUACUGGUACCGGUUUUAAUGCUAUUCUCGCAGGCAAGCAUUUGCAUGCGAACCAUGUCACCGCCACAGAUGGUGAUGGAGGAGUGAUUGAAGCGUUGCGGGAGAAUCUCACGUUGAAUAAAAUUGACGAUCAACAGCAAGUUAGAGCCAGAACACUGCUUUGGGGUCAGGAUUUAAAAGGAACGUGGGUGGAAGAUGGAUGCCGCGCUCAUCCAUAUGACAUUGUACUCGGCGCUGAUAUCACAUACGAAAAAUCAGCAAUAUCGGCCCUAGUAUUGACGCUUCAGAGUCUCUUCGAUAUGAGGCCGAAGCUCCAAGUUAUUAUAUCAGGCGUUGUCCGAAAUGCUGAGACAUUCCAGACAUUCAGAGAUCAAUGUGCCUCCCAUCAUUUCGUGGUUGAAGAUAUCCAAUUUGAAGCGAAACCGAUGCGUCAACAGAAAUCGCUAUUCUACGCGGCCGCCGUGCCACUGAAACUGUUAUCUAUCACUCGUCCUUGAAGGAACUCCCACUACGAACUGGCCUCGCCGUUAACAUAGAAUAGAAGACAAUCUAUACUCAAUAAUA